AUGGCGGCCAUACCGAGAGGCCUCAUUUCUCGCAUCAAUCAGUUUCUAUCGAUCCGUUCUAUGACUCAAUCUUCAUCAUCUCAAUCUCUUCCUCAUUGUAGCUUCUUUCUCCUCCGAAGAUUUAGUUCCGAGUCUGGGUUCGUCGACGGUAGUGGAUCUGAUAUAAUCGGAGCUCCGACCCGAAUCAUCGAGGCGAAACCCGGUGAGAUGUCUCCGAGAUCUAAAAGGACUGGGAUCAUCGCCGUCAAGUGUGGGAUGACUGCGCUUUGGGACAAAUGGGGAGCUAGGGUUCCUAUUUCUAUUCUUUGGGUUGAUGAUAACAUCGUUUCUCAGGUUAAAACUGUUGAGAAAGAAGGGAUUUUCGCGCUACAGAUCGGAUGUGGGCAAAAGAAACCGAAGCAUUUGACAAAGCCUGAGGUGGGUCAUUUCAGAGCUCAAGGUGUGCCGUUAAAGAGGAAGUUGAGAGAGUUUCCUGUGACUGAAGACGCUCUUCUUCCUGUUGGUACUUCACUCUGUGCCCGUCAUUUUGUUCCGGGACAGUAUGUUGAUGUCACUGGGAUCACUCGAGGGAAAGGUUUUCAGGGAGUCAUGAAGAGAUGGGGUAUGAAAGGAGGGCCGGCGUCACAUGGUUGUUCAAAGGCCCAUCGAAAAGGUGGUUCCACAGGUCAAAGAGAUGCUCCAGGAAAGGUGUUCAAGGGGAGAAAGAUGCCUGGGAGAAUGGGUGGAGAACAGGUGACAGUAAAGAACGUUUGGGUUUACAAGGUUGAUCCUGCAAGGAACCUCAUCUGGGUGAGAGGACAAGUUCCUGGUGCGGAAGGAAACUUUGUGUUCAUAAAAGAUGCGUGUUACAAGAAACCAGAGAUCUCAAAGCUUCCGUUCCCAACGUACUUAGCUCCAGAAGACGAAGAUCCAUCAGAAUUAGAACCGUUGGUCGCAGAUCUUGGAGAAGUCGACCCGUUUAUGUUGGCAGAGUGA